CUGUUCCAUCGGCGGAAUAAAGAUGGCUGACCAAGGCGCCGCAGAUCCUGGUAAUAACAACAAUAAUAAACCUGAAUCAUCGGAGGGAACUAUUAUUAAGGUCACAGUAAAAACCCCUAAAGACAAAGAAGAAAUCGCCAUCGCAGAAGAUGCGUCUGUCACUCAGUUUAAAGAAGAGAUCUCGAGGCGGUUCAAAGCCAAACAGGACCAGUUGGUUCUGAUUUUUGCAGGGAAGAUCUUGAAGGACGGCGAUAGCCUCAGCCAACACGGCAUCAAGGAUGGACUGACGGUUCACCUGGUCAUAAAGACAGCGCACAAGGCAGGAGAUGGCGGUAGCACCUCAGCCUCCAGCUCAACCUCCACUCAAGCAGGCAAUACCUCCACCUCUAGUCCAGGUACAACCCCCUCCUCCACAGCAGGCUCCACUGGCACUGCCGCACCACCCACACAGACGCCCAACAUACUGACUGGCUUCGGUGACCUGGGCGGUCUGGCUGGACUGGGCAUGGGCUCGGCUAACUUCAUGGAGCUGCAGCAGCAGAUGCAGAGGCAGCUCAUGUCCAACCCAGAGAUGCUGUCUCAGAUCAUGGAGAACCCGUUGGUGCAGAACAUGAUGUCCAACCCAGACCUGAUGAGACAGAUGAUCAUGGCCAACCCUCAGAUGCAACAGCUAAUGGAACGCAACCCUGAGAUCUCCCACAUGCUCAACAACCCCGAGCUUAUGAGACAGACCAUGGAGCUCGCCAGGAACCCGGCCAUGAUGCAGGAAAUGAUGCGAAACCAGGACCGGGCUCUGAGCAACUUGGAGAGCAUCCCAGGAGGUUACAAUGCCUUGCGGAGGAUGUACACAGACAUCCAGGAACCCAUGUUCAGCGCUGCCAGGGAACAGUUUGGUAGCAACCCAUUCUCAGCUCUAGGUGGGAACUCUGAGUCUGGUGCGCAGCCAUCACGGACAGAGAACCGGGAGCCACUGCCCAAUCCAUGGGGCGCACCAAAUUCCUCUAACCCCUCUGAGAGUGGUGGGGCCCCCACAGGAAGCACGACCACCACUGGAGGCACCAACCCCAGUGUGUCCAACCCUCUGGGCAUCAAUCCUGGCAGUCUGGGCAAUGGGAUGUUUAACAGCCCGGGCAUGCAGAGUUUACUGCAGCAGAUCUCGGAAAACCCUCAGCUGAUGCAGAACAUGCUGUCUGCUCCAUACAUGCGCAGUAUGAUGCAGUCACUGUCUCAAAACCCCGAGUUGGCCUCCCAGGUUUUGAUGAAUAACCCCUUGUUUGCUGGAAACCCACAGCUGCAAGACCAGUUCAGAUCUCAGUUGCCCAUUUUUCUGCAGCAGAUGCAGAACCCAGAAUCCCUGUCAGUGAUGACCAAUCCCCGCGCCAUGCAAGCUCUAAUGCAGAUCCAACAGGGUCUACAGACACUGCAGACAGAAGCACCAGGCCUUAUGCCCAGUUUGAUGACAGGUGGAGUUCCUGGUGGAGUUCCUGGUGGAGGUCCUGAUGGAGUUCCUGGUGGAGUUCCUGGUGGAGUUCCUGGUGGAGUUCCUGGUGGUUUUCCUGGUGGUUUUCCUGCUGGUUUUCCUGCUGGUUUUCCUGCUGGUUUUCCUGGAGGUUUUCCUGGAGGUUUUCCUGGUGGAGUUCCUGGUGUAGUACCUGGUGGAUCUCCUGGAGGAGUUCCAGGUGGAGUUCCUGGUGGAAUUCCUGGCAUACCCACAGGUGGGGGCAUGCCAACAGAGAACCCGGCCUCCUCGCCAAGCAGUGCAGGAACAAAUGCCGCCCAGCAGCAGCUGAUGCAACAGAUGCUCCAGAUGUUUGCUGGAGCAGGUGGUGGAGGAGGAGGAAGUGCAACGAGCCAGACCCCAGAAGUGCGGUUCCAGUCCCAGUUAGAUCAGCUGAGCGCCAUGGGCUUCAUCAACCGCGAGGCCAACCUUCAGGCCCUCAUUGCUACUGGAGGAGACAUCAAUGCCGCUAUCGAGAGACUGCUGGGCUCACAGCCCUCGUAAAGACAUACAGUACAUACUGACACACAGACACGUGCAUACAUACACACCUAACUCAUAAACACACCCAGCAUCUACAGAGAACCAAGAGAAAUUUGAGUGUAUUGUCCCAAACUUUACAGAAGACACUUGGCAGGAUCUGUUAGACCCUCAUUCUACAUCUGUUCUGCGAUCAUUCCCUAGUCCCCAUACUUUUUGGCGUCAUCCAACCAGAUCUUUGUCACAGAGUGCUGCUGUAGAGCCGGACUGAACCACUCUCAUCUUGAGGGGCUUUCUGGUGCAGAGAAAGGAGCGAAAACUUCUCCUGAAAAGGGACUCCCAACCAUUUCUUCAUUCACCGUUUUCUUCACGUAAAACUGGAGUUGAGUGUUGCAGACAUUUACAUAAUACAGAUUAAACCCUUGUGAUGUGAUUGGCUGUUGGCUCUGUUUUACACAUGGCCGUUGUCAGGCAGUUUGUUAGCGUUUAACUCGCAAAUCAAUACGUGAACAUUUUCUGGUAUACUGAGAGUAAACCUGAACACCAACAGGAAGACACUUUGUCUAUACGUUCAACCCCAUUCCUCCCUAAAACCCCGUUCUCGAGAGUCUACAUAAAUAGCUGUUUUUGCCCAACAACUUUCACUAUUUAUUGCAAGUGCUUCGUAAAAAUAAAUGACGCCCUCCACACUUACCGUAACUUGUAAUUUGUCAUUCCAGAUAAAAGUGCCCACUCACGGGUGCACAGUGUCUUUUCCUUCUGAGGCACCACUGCUGUGCCUUCUGUCCUUCCCUACCCUAUAAGAGCAUUGUUGGCAAUGACCCCCCCCCAUCCAGUGGGUUAAUUAGAAACCCCCAAUAAAUUCCACACCGCAUCAUCCAGGACUUUAACCAUAAUCAAAUAUCACAUUGCAGCAGCUCCGAAGCAGAGGACGCUGUGAGAAUGAAAAUGAAACAAACAAGCAAGCUUUCAUUUCCUUUUAAUCUGAUUCUUCUUUUUUCAUUAUAUUUUUCUUUUUUUUUUGAGGUGCAGUUAGUACCUAGAGAUCAUUAUGAUUUGUCUCGUAUAAAAUAAACAUUGAAAUCAAGUGAGUAAAAAAAGAUAAAUGAAUAAAUAAUGGAAAGGCUUUACAAACCAUUACGGUGUGGUGGCACCAUACAUUUCUAAAGAAUCAAGUUCUAGGUUGUCUUUUCUUUUUUUUCUCUUUCUUUUUUUUUUUUUGGAAAAUCUCAGCAUUGUAGUUGUGGUAACCAUGGCAACUGCUUCUAUAGCUUUGCUUUGUCUGUGACCUCAGCUGGAAGAAAGAAAAUCCAUCUCACAAUUGAACAUGUUGAAACUAACUUUUAACAGUACUGUACUAAAGAAGAAUAAAACAUGGUCAAAAACA